AUGAUACUGCAGAUUAGUGAGCGCAACGGCUUUGAAGCCUGGCGCCAGUUGAGCCAGCUCUACAAGCCGAGGACAAAGAGUCGGUCAAUUUCUUUGCUGUCAGCAUUGAUGAACCUCCCUCCUUUCACGAAAGACCGAACUUUGCUGGAACAGGUCUUAGGGCUUGAGCGCCUUCGAGAUGAAUACAGACGUUCAAGCGGUGCUGAAGUUCCAGAUGACUUGAUGCUGUCAGUCCUUGUGAAAUGUCUUCCUGGACACAUCCGCCAACACAUCCAACUGCAGCUUACGGAGACGAGCACUUAUGCUGAGACGAGACGAGCUGUUGUCGGUUAUGAGUCCGUGACCGCCUCGUGGGCAGUUCGUUUGCUCUCCAUUGAAGAGCUUGCAGACAACGACUUCGAUGAAUACGAAGUGUUCGACUUGACGGUGUAUGACACGUUCGAGGGAUCGUGUAAGCCCAUUGGGGUUCAUGACGUGCGGAUUGCAGAGCUCCGGUUUGGAUCAGUGGCAUUUCGCGAGAGAUUUGUCAUUGCAAAUGUCACUGCUCCCUUGAUUUCGACGGGUAGGAAUUUUUCAGCGCAACAUGUGGACACGACCCUCUGUCCUGCAGAAGGUUUGUGGCUUCGAACCACCUUGGUGAAGCUCAUUGACGGAGAGUGGAUUUUGGACGAGUUUGGUGAAAGCGUCAGUGAUCUAGAAUCUUUGACAACUCCAAUUGUGGCCCCAAGAGCCAUUGCGGAAGUCAUCACUAUUGCCCAUGCUGAACUCUUGCCUCCAGAAGACCUUGGUUUUGACUUGAGUGACGAUCACUUUGGUGUGUUGAAACGUGCUGCACCUCCCCGUCCUGCGGACGUCCCUGCUGCCCCAGGUGACGCAGAGGUUCCCGCUCGCGAACGUGAUGACAGCGCGGACCCCAGAGAAGUCAUUGUGAAUGGCAUGAGAUUGGACACCAACAGUCCUUUGCGGGUUCUUCGUGACGCUUGCCAGCACCUGGGACUCUCAACCAGAGGAAACAAGUUGACCUGCCUCCAGCGUAUGUGGCAACACCUACAAGCACAAGAACUGAUUUCUGCAAGUGCAGCUGAGCGCAACCUGAAGGAUGAAACCCAACGCUCUGCAAAUGCGCAGCCUCAACCCAAGGUAAAGGGAAGUCCAAGGUGGUGCAAGGGCAUUUGGCUAGGCAAGACCUUGAACAAUGAUGUCCAUAUUAUUGGUGUUGGGGAGAAAGUUUUUGUCAAAAGAAGUGUUCGCAGACUCGAUCCACCUUUCAACUCUGAUGUGAUUGCUGGAUUUGAGAGCUAUCCAUGGGACUACGGAUAUGCCUCUUUGGGUGCUCAACUUGUUCUGGCCAAGAGAAUUGUUCCUCCAACUCCUUUUCCUGCCAUCAGUGUGAGAGACCCCGGCCGGCCACCGCCACGCGAUCUAGAUGCUGAGGCUGUCAUGAAUGUUCCUCCAACUCCGGAUGAGGCCCCGCCAGGAAACCCAGCAGGAUACCCAGCUCCAAAAGGUGCACCUGUGACACCACCACUUGUUGUUCCUGAUGACGUGCCUCGACCUGAAGCCCCUGAUGUAGCAAUGCCGGCUCAGGCGGGGCAACGACCGCCUAUGAUGCCUCCACCAGCUUCUGCUGUCAUGGUGCCUCGAAUGAUGCCUCCACCAGCUUCUGCAGUCAUGGUGCCUCGAGCUUCUUCAGGAACACGUGAGCGCGACGCUUCAGCCUUGGAAACGGAACCUCCUAGCAAAGCGCCGCGCGUGCCCCCAAGCAAAGCACCACGGCUGUUCCAAGAUCGAAAUGUUCUAGAGCAUGAGGACGAAGUAGUUUCCUUUGAGUUUGAACAUGAAGAAGUUGAACUUUUGGAAGAGUACGAAUUUGAAUUGCAAGAAAAUGUCGAAGUGCUAUCUGAUGCAGAAAAAGAAGUGCUCUCGUCGAGCGAGGUUGAAGCAGCCUUGGACCAGUUGUGUGUGCCAUAUACUCCGUUGGAGCCCGAGCUUGAUGAACCUUCCCUUUUGGCAUUGGACGCCCUGGCAGAUAAGGUUGAAAUGGCACGCCUGAAAGGUCUUGGAGUGCUUCUGCCUCUUUCUGAGUUGGAUACCUCAGUGACCCCAAAGACUCUGACCACUCGUUUUGUCAGGGCGUGGAGGGAUAAGAAGAGGAAUGGUGCGCAUGUGUGGUUGCGUCGUUCGCGCUAUGUGGCGCGUGAAUAUGCUUGGCUGACUCCAGAGCGUGAAGAUUUGUUUUCGCCUGCAUCAAGUUCACUGACCACUCGUUUGUUGCCAAUCUUGUUCUUGAAGCUUCGUUUGCAAGGGUUUGUUCUAGCGGCAAUAGAUGUGGCAGAUGCUUUCCUGACCGUUGAGCAGUAA